UUUCACUCUGCAUGUACAUCUCCUAGAGCCACAGACUCUGUUUAAAACCUUAGAGAUGAUGAAGUUACUGGCAGCAUGAGGUGCUUUCCUGAGGACAUGGGUUCAUUGAGCUGCAUUCUUUCUGUGCUUCCUGGCCUCUCUUACCUAAGUUCAACAAAUCCUUGCUAGCAGAGCCCAGGCCUGGCCUGUUCAGCAUGUCUGAGAAAUCAUAGUUUCUGCAGUCUGCAGAAGCAAACGAGGCAGAGAAUGGAUAAGGCUACCCACAGCAAUCAGGAAGUUAAGAAACAUGUGCGCCUGCAAGAUCGAAGGGGCUCCAAUGUGUCAUUGGUAUUGGACAUGAGUUCUCUGAGCAACAUUGAACCCAUUGUGCAAAUCUCCACUCCUAGAGAUGUCACAGUGCAAUUUUUGAACACUGCCAGUCAUGUCCUAACACAGAAGAUGCUCCAGGAAUGGAGCUGCAAUCUGGAAGAGCUUCAAAAGGAGUUUGCGAAAAUUCCCUCAAACUUCAUCACUCCAGAAGAACUCAACAUUCCUGGUCGGGCAGCAAAGGAUAGAUACACAUCCAUCCUACCAAAUCCACAGAGCCGUGUCUGUCUCAAGAGAGUCAACAGCCAAGAAGAGGAGUCUUACAUAAAUGCAAAUUACAUCCGGGGUUAUGCUAGCCAGAAGAAGACCUAUAUUGCCACACAGGGACCCAUGCUAAAUACAGUCAAUGACUUCUGGACAAUGGUGUGGCAAGAAGAAACUCCACUCAUAGUUAUGCUCACCAAACUCAAAGAAAGGAAAGAGAAAUGUAUCUGUUACUGGCCUGAAAGAGAAGCAUCCUAUGGACCAUUUAGAAUUCAAGUCCAAGACAUUUGGGAAUGUGAUGACUACACCAUUCGUAGCCUUUCCCUGCAGUUCAAAGAUGAAUGUCGCACUGUGAAACACAUUGUCUUCUCAUCCUGGCCAGACCAGAGGACACCAGAAUCAGCCAAGAUGCUCUUGCAUUUGAUUCUUGAGGUGGAGAAAAUUCUAAAGGCUUCCCAAAACAAGGGACCAAUUGUUGUGCACUGUAGUGCGGGCAUUGGACGGACAGGCUGCUUCAUUGCUACUCAGAUUGGAUGCCAGCAACUAAAGGACAAAGGAGAAGUAGAUAUUUUGGGAAUUGUCUGCCAGCUACGCAUAGACAGAGGGGGAAUGAUACAAACCAGUGAGCAAUACCAGUUUGUCCAUCAUAUACUUGCUAUGUAUGCCUCACAGCUUUCUGAAUUCACAGACAACUAAUCCAUCAUGCUGUGGUAGCAAGAGGAACUGUUUAUAUCUGGACACUUUGCUUUGGAGAGCCUUUUUUCUGAUAGCAAGAUAGUAAAGUAUUUAUAUUUCAGCCACUUGAAAUACAUGGCUCAAACAAGAACUGUUAGGUUGUUGGUGUUAUGUAAAAGGAAUUUAGCUGGAUGUAGAGUUUUAAUUUCAUUUUUUUUAUAUUUUGAACUUCCUGUGUAAGUUUUGUAAACAUAAUAUUCAUUUUAAGUUCAUUAAAAAUACUGUUGUGU